AUGUCCUUCACUCUCAAAACUUGUUUGGCAGAUUGCAGUCUGAGUGGCCAUUUUCCAACAGAAAUUCUCUUGUUGCCGAAAAUUCAAAGCAUUGACAUUUCAGAUAAUUGGGGACUUAAGGGUCAUUUGCCUGAAUUUCCAUCAAAUAGUGAUUUACGGAGUUUGUCGCUUUCUGGUACAAAUUUUAGUGGAAAACUACCUGAAUCAAUCGGUAACCUUCUUCUUUAUUUAGAUCUACGGGGUUGCAAUUUUAGAGGAUCAAUACCUUCUUCUUUAUUUACUCUUCCAUCAUUACAGAAACUGUAUCUCAGUGGAAAUCAAUUGGUUGGGAAAAUAGAUGAGUUCCCCAAUGCGUCUUUUUCAUUGAUUGAGGAAUUACGUUUAGGGAAUAAUUAUUUAACAGGAACAAUCCCCAAGUCAAUCCUUCAACUCCCAAGGCUUCAAGUGCUUUCUAUUGGAGACAAUAGCUUUAGUUCCAUGAAGCUUGACAUGUUCUUUCAACUCGACGACUUAAGGUUUCUCGUCCUAUCCAAUAUAAGCUUGUUAAUUGAAAGCGACAACACAAGUCUUACUAAAUUUCCCAAACUAGAGAUCCUAUUCCUAAGGUCAUGCAACCUUACUGAAUUUCCAGAAUUCAUCAAAACACAAGACAAGUUGACUUUUCUAGAUCUUUCUAACAACCAUAUCCACGGUGUUGUGCCUAAUUGGUUGUGGAAGAGCUCUCUUCAAUUUGUAAAUCUUUCUUUCAAUCCCAUUGAUUUUCCAAAACAGCUUCCCUUCGGUGAUGCAAACUUUUCUUUUCCAAAGAUGUUUGAAUUAUAUUUGAUAUCCUGUAACAUAAGUGCAUUUCCAGAGUUCUUAAGGAGUCUAGAAAACUUGGAUACACUCGACCUUUCAAAUAACAGGAUAAGUGGUGCAGUACCAAACUGGGUGUGGAAGAAAAGUUUGGGUUAUCUGAACCUUUCUAAGAACCAUCUCUCAUCUUUGGACCAACUUUUACCCAACCACAGUUUAACUUCUUUGCAAGGCUCCUUACCUUCACCCAUUUGCCUUGUGAGUCGACUUCGGUAUUUCGAUGCAUCUCAUAACAAUUUGAGCGGCCCAAUUCCAAAUUUCUUAGGUAAUCUGAGAGCUCUCGACUAUCUGGAUCUUCAUGGAAAUAACUUGAGCGGAACCUUACCAAAAUUUUCAAAAGCUUCCCGACUAUGGUUUCUCAAAGUUAGUGACAAUAGAUUAGAAGGGAAGCUGCCAAGAUCAUUGGAGAAAUGCACUGGACUUUAUGUUUUGGAUGUGGGAAACAACAUGAUGAGUGAUACCUUCCCUUUUUGGUUGGAGAAAUUACCUGAUUUGGCAGUUCUAAUAUUGCGGGGAAAUAGUUUCUAUGGUCAAAUUAAACAUUUGAAACAUAAAAUUGGUUUUCCAACUUUGGAUGUGUUAGACAUUGCUUCUAACCAAUUUUCUGGUGAACUAUCCAUUGAUUUCCUUAAUGCCACUCAACUAAGGUCGCUCAAAAUCGGUGGGAAUAAAUUGGAAGGGAAGCUGCCAACAUCAUUAGCCAAUUGCACAAAACUUGAGGUUCUGGACCUUGGAAACAAUAUGAUUCAUGAUACAUUCCCGUUUCAAUUGGAUAAGUUGCCUUCCUUGAAGGUUCUCAUUCUACGAGGCAACAGAUUUCAUGGUUCUGUCACAAAAUUUGACACUAAAUGUGGUUUUCCAAAGCUACGCAUUUUGGACAUUGCUUCCAACAACUUUUCAGGUGACUUGUCCAUUGAAUUUUUGCAAAGUUUGAAGGCAAUGAGGCAGAUGACUAAUGGUGACAAAGCACUGCGGGAGUACAUCGGAGAGGACUACUAUCAAGACUCAGUGACGAUUGUCAACAAAGGGAUCGAAAUGGUUUACGAGAAAGUCUUGACCAUUCUUACUUGUCUUGAUCUUUCCAACAACAGUUUCCGUGGGAGAAUACCUGAAGAAAUACAGAUCCUCAUGUCACUCAUAGUGCUAAACUUAUCAAACAACGGCUUCUCUGGCGAAAUCCCAUCAGCACUUGACAACCUAAAAGGCCUUGAGUCCUUGGAUCUCUCACAGAACAAACUGUCAGGAAAGAUUCCUCCACAGCUUGCAAGUCUAACUUUCCUGGAGGUACUGAACUUGUCUUACAAUCAACUUGAAGGGAGCAUACCACAAAGCAACCAAUUCAAUACAUUUUCAAAUGAUUCUUACCGGGGGAACUCAAAAUUAUGUGGGCGACCAUUGUUAAGGGGAUGCAAUGAUGUUGGUCCUCCAAUGCCAUCUCCUCCAAGGGAAGAUGAAGAAGAUUCAUGGUUAGAUGUUAUGUCUAUUUGGCAAAUUGCUUUGGUAGGAUAUGCUAGUGGUUUGGUCGUUGGGCUAUGUAUUGGAUAUACAGUGCUGAAUGAGUUGGGGAACAAAUGGGUUUACAAGUUCAGAAUGUAUGGGAAAAGAAACAGAAGAACAAGGUGACUCACCAUCAAAAUUCAUGUUUCAAAAUCAUCAGGAUGAACUUGAAGCAGAACAUGCAAUCUGCAAUAUGAAAUUGUGAUAACUUUCAAAUUAUUGUGAUUGAUGUUGAAAAGAUCAUUGAUUGGGAGAAUACGUCUCCGAAUCAAGUUGAAAUCCUAUUCAGCCGGAUCAUGCGGUUGGUAAAGAUUCACAUAACAAUGAUAAAUGGAUUAGGAAUUGCCGGUUAGGGAGUUGCUGGAACUGAAACAGAUGAAACAAUGUUAGACAGGUAGUUUCAGCCCCUUUUCCCUUAUUCCCAUGAACUGCUGUGUUGUCGGAUUCACGUUGUCCGGGAAAUUGCAAGAUGCUGUAACAACAGCUAAUCUGCUUCUGACUCUAACUCAGAUGUUGAGAAAGCUUGGAGUUGAGUUUCAUGAUGAGGUCUAUGAUCAUAAAUCUCAAACACGGUAUGUUUUACCAUCAAUAAUAUCUGUUUUAUAGGAUUUGAUCAUCAUUGUAGUUACUU